CAAACACGGCGUCUUGAAGCUCUUGAACUGCUUUGACAUGGAUUGUGAGACACCAUGUUCAUUCAAGUUUGCUGAUGAUAAGAUUAUAGAGUCUACACCGGCAAAGCUGGCUGGUAUAUUUUGCAUGCAGAGGAUUGGAAGCAGAAAGGGUCAGAAGCUGUUAAAGUACUAUUGUCCUAGUGAUUUGACUGACAAUGUUUUAUACAGCAAAUACUUCACCGAUAUCAAAUCUACAAAGCAUCAGACGACGGUGACUAAGACAAACAUUUUAGAGAAGAUAAAACAACUUAUGGCAAAAAGGAGAAAAAGUGGGAAAAGAAAGAAAGUUGAUGAAAAGGAUCUAGUUUGCCUGAUAGGUCUUUAUCUUUGCUGUGUAUUGUUUUUUGGCGACAAAAAUGCCAAUGGAGUGAACGCGAAAUAUCUUAGUAUCGUUGAAACUUAUGAUACGGUGCUCAAGGUGUCGUGGCCUGAUUUAAUACACGAGCACUUGUUUGAAGAGAUUCAUACUAAUCUUAGUUGUUUGUCAAAUGUGAAGGCUUGUGUGCAAUACCUACUGUUAUUGUUUGCUGAACACACGCCAGCAGGAUUAAUCCCGAAAGUUGAGAACCACGAGGAAGAUAUCCCGAGGGUUGGGAGAUGGGAUAUAUACCAGAUUUCUGAUUACAUUUGGAAAACAGACAUGACACAGUUUUCGCCAACUCCUAGCUUUGUGGCUGAGUUUUCACAGCUUGAGAAGCAGCUGGGUAUAUCAACCGUGGUACCCAGCAAGGACGACCUGCAAAGUUGGCUGAAAGCGCAAACUAUUGAGAAUAGCCAUCUGAAAGAGCAACUGCAAGAAAAGCAAGCAAUGCUUAAAGCAGUGUAUGCAAUUGCAAGAGAAGGGAUAUCAGAAGGGGACCUUUCAGGAACAGCGGAAUUCAAGGUUCACAAAUUUAGUUGCCAAAUUAUGCAAGCAAUGGGUAUUGAUCCUUACAAAGUGACCCAGGAAGAGUUUAUGCAACAUGAAGAUGAUGUACAUGGAGGUACUGAGCAUGGAGCUACUGAGCAUGAAGAAGAAGAGUUACAAUUAGUUGAGACAGAGCAACAAGGAGAUGGAAGUACUGAGCAAGAGAAAGAGAAAGAUGACGCGGAAACUUCCUUCCAUGAAGAAUUUCCAUGUAUGAGCCUUGCAGCUGGAAAUACGCCAACAAUUCUGCAAGCUCAAACUGCUGCAGAGGGGCACAAAAGACCACUCAGGACAUAUAGUUCGAGUAUGAAGAGUGUGACAACUUGCAAGACUCACCAAAGAAAAGAGACACCUGUUACGGAUGAGGCACAGAAGAAAGCUGCAGAUGGUGGAGUUGUGGAUGGGGCAGGUGAUGAUGUAGCUGCAAAAGCCGUAGGUGAUGAUGUUACUGCAAAAGUCAAUGAGGAUACACCUGCAACUGUUGGUGACGGUUUGGUUAUGACUGCUCCAACUCAGCCAACUCCUGGAACUUUUGAUGACAGUUCUGCUUCAACACAGUUUGAGGACUCCAUGGUGAUAACUGCUACAACACCGCAAACACAGCCUGACAAUGCUCAGACCUACAGGUUGGUGCAACUAGGAGCUAACCCCGAUGAUAUGACGAAUGUUGAAGUGAGUGAAAUGAUAGAUGAGAUCGUCAGCAACAUUAACAAAACUGAACAUGGACCCGCAGUGACGGAGAAUGCAGAACCUACCUCAACUGCUACAACGCAGGAAAACGUUUUUAGCCUUGGAUUAGAAAAAACUCCAAAACCUGCAGGAGAGUUACUGAAGGAAGCUGCAAAUGCAAUAAGAGAAAGGCAACCAUCAUUCAUACAACAACGUAGACAUUACUUGGAUGGAACGCAAAGAAGAUGGUAG